CGGGGCGGCUGUGCGCACUGGGGGCCGGAGACGUGCUUGGCGAGGCUGAGUCUUUGCAUUGGCAGGCUGAUGAUGACACGUGCCUUCUCCUCGCCACCCCCAGGCUCCACCGCACCGCAUUGGCAUCAGUGAGGACUGAGGGAAACCAACUGUGCGAGCUCUGCUGCUACGACCAUUACGGACAAGAUACUAAAAAAAUACCUGAAAAGAAUAUAAAAGAUUUUCUCUCGCGGUCAUUUUAAUGCGCACAUUAUUUUUUCGCUCCGCAGAAUAAUACUUUUUGAGUUGCUCUUGUUUACGUUUAGCAAAAAGAGACUCGUGCGCAAAACAUGCAGGAACCAAGAACCAAUCUUUGAAGGUGACAUGAACCAAGGGAUUAACAACAACAGAAGGCGUACUUUUCAUAACAAUUGGAGAUAACAACUGAAGACUUUACAGGGGCUUCGCAUGGUUUCAUCUCUGUCCCGCGGCAACAAAUCCCAAGUGUGAAGAAACAGUCUAUUUUGAAUACGCACACGAACAUAACAUAAGUACAAAUACAAUUUCAGCUCUAAUUAGCAACGAUGGCAACGUUAAUCCGUAGCAAGAUUACCAACAAGCUUUCAAAUGCGGCCACUUCAGUGACCAAUAAAUCGCAGGCGAAGGUGAGCGGAAUGUUCGCCAGAAUGGGGUUUCAGGCCGCCACCGACGAGGAAGCUUUGGGGUUCGCAGCCUGCGAUGAUUUGGAUUAUGACCAUAGACAGGGGUUACAAAUGGACAUUCUUAAAACCGACGAGGUCGGCGGCGGAGAAGUGGGUGGAGAUGGUACGGUAGAAGGAGACAGCCACUACCAGAGAGAUGGAACCGGUCCCCCGCCUUCCUCUUCCAAAGACGGUGGUUUGUGCAGCGAGUUAGGGGGCCAAGACAAGCCCAGAAUUACAGCUUGGGAAGCAGGCUGGAACGUCACCAAUGCCAUCCAGGGGAUGUUUGUCCUUGGGUUGCCAUAUGCCAUUCUCCAUGGUGGAUACCUUGGACUGUUUCUCAUCAUAUUUGCUGCAGUGGUAUGUUGCUACACUGGGAAAAUUCUCAUCGCUUGCCUCUAUGAAGAGAAUGAAGACGGAGAGCUGGUGCGCGUGAGAGACUCGUACGUGGACAUCGCAAAUGCGUGCUGCGCACCGCGAUUCCCCUCGCUAGGUGGCCGUAUCGUGAAUGUAGCCCAGAUAAUUGAGCUAGUGAUGACCUGUAUCCUGUAUGUGGUAGUGAGCGGCAACCUGAUGUACAACAGCUUCCCCACUCUUCCCGUGUCGCAGAAGUCUUGGGCUAUCAUCGCCACCGCCGCACUGCUGCCCUGCGCCUUCCUCAAAAACCUUAAGGCUGUGUCCAAGUUCAGCUUGCUCUGCACCCUCGCCCACUUCGUCAUCAACAUCCUCGUAAUAGCUUACUGCCUCUCGAGGGCACGAGAUUGGGCCUGGGACAAGGUCAAGUUCUACAUCGACGUCAAGAAGUUCCCCAUUUCGAUCGGGAUAAUUGUUUUCAGCUACACGUCGCAGAUUUUCCUCCCGUCCCUGGAGGGAAAUAUGCAGAAACCAAGUGAGUUUCACUGCAUGAUGAACUGGACCCACAUCGCCGCCUGCAUCCUCAAAGGCCUGUUCGCCCUAGUGGCCUAUCUCACCUGGGCAGAUGCAACUAAAGAAGUCAUCACUGACAACUUACCAUCCACUAUCAGGGCCGUGGUCAACAUUUUCCUGGUAGCUAAGGCCUUGCUGUCGUACCCGCUGCCAUUCUUCGCCGCCGUGGAGGUCUUGGAGAAAUCACUCUUCCAGGACGGAGGACGGGCUAUUUUCCCAGAUUGCUAUGGGGGUGACGGUCGCCUGAAAUCGUGGGGUCUUUCCCUUCGUUGUGGCCUGGUGGUGUUCACUUUACUUAUGGCCAUCUAUGUACCACACUUCGCCCUUCUGAUGGGUCUUACUGGCAGUCUAACAGGUGCCGGGCUGUGCUUUCUGCUACCUAGUCUCUUUCAUCUCAAGCUUCUGUGGAGAAAGCUUUUGUGGCACCAAGUGUUCUUCGAUGUUGCUAUAUUUGUAAUAGGAGGUAUAUGCAGCAUUUCUGGCUUCAUUCACUCAAUGGAGGGGCUCAUAGAAGCAUACAAGUAUAACAUCCAAGAUUAAGGACUGGUUGUAAACGACGUUACUGCAAAUUCCCCACUCACCGCAUUCACCCUCUCCCACUGCACGAUCUCGCUCACAGAGGUCCGUGCGCAACGCACCCACAUGCACACGUCACACAGUCGCGGCAAUAACAUGAUUCUCUGACACAAACCAAACACUAUCACUGAAAAUACAUUGAGAACCAAAUACGGAGAGAGGAUACGUAAACAUGGUAUAUACAAAUGUGUGAUCAAAACAUGUCAACAUUUUCGUACGGAGAAAAGAUUUACACGACAAAUCAACCGGCCUUGAUGGAACGUGAAUUACAACGUAAAACUCACAUACUGAAACUGGGAUUCAUCGCUCACGAUUUCCGAUUUUUACCCAUAAUUCUGUACAACAUCCUACCUUAUGGAGUCUGAGGGAACGCAUUCAUAUCAACGGGUAGAAUAAAAAGCGAGACGGUACAAUACUCUUGUACGCAUUUGUGCCAGUAUUUUUUAAAUUUCCAAACCAAUACGAUGGCAAUAAAAUCCGACAAGUGAGGGUACCGUGUGCUAAUACUAGGACAAAUAUAUAUUUUUAUUAAUAGGCGUAGGCUAAGUAUUCUAGACGGCCACAUUAUAUCAAUGAAUAUGAAAAGCAACUUACAAGAUUACCUUUUUAAAGUAAGCUUGAAUUUCUAGAUUUACAGUAGCCUAUGACUAAAUAAAUAUGAAAAUCUUACAGAAAUGAUACAAGAUUUAAUAAUUAAAAUAUUUCAAAAUAAUGUAGGCCUACAAUAUAAAAAUUCUACCGGGAAUACUAUGAUGAUUAAAGAAUAUUUUAUUUUAAAUUAGGGGACCAUAACUAAACCUAAACUAUGCAUUUAAAUAUGUUGCAUUCUAACAGUUAUAUAUGUAGUAAUUUGAAAAUGAGAUUAAGAAAACGAUAAAAUCGGAAAAGGACAUCGAGUAGUUGGAUUUAGAUUUAAGGAAGACAUGCUGUGUUUCACAAGCAUGUAAGAUCUCUUGUCAAAAUGGAUCCCUGCAGAAAAAAAGCACAUAAAAUUUCUGGUUUCGAAAAAACAUGAAAAAUGAAUAAGCUCAUAAAUUAACCUCACCAAAGGGAUUAGAAAUACUUAAACUUACUUAAAAUAUAUGAAUAAUAUAUAUAUUUUUAUGUUAUAGGAAAUAUUACACCGAAAUAUUAUUCCGUAGAAAAGAUGGGCCUUUUUGCUAUAAACAACAGCAAAAGGGCAUUGAGUUAAUGCGUCGUUUUUACCAGUGGAUACAAGUUGCAUAACAAAAUGUUGUUUUACCAUAAUCUUAAAGUACCAUCAGACAAAACUCUUUAUUAUACAGUCAUGGAUAUAAUGAUUUUAUCAGUUUAUUUUCUCACGCAAUUCCAUAAGCAGCUCAGUUUCCCCCAUCAACGAGGUGAACUUAAACACCUCAGUGCACUGGAAUUCAAUUGUUUGGAUGAAAAUUUUCAAGAGUUUGAAGACAUAAAAUGUGAAAGACAUUUUUCAUUCUGUGCAAUCCAACAGGUCCUGUGGAAAUGUUAUAAAACGUAUGUGUAGUGUUAUUGUGGUUUCAAAAUGAUGGAAUGUAUAUCACAAAAAAUCGUUAUCAUAUAUCGUGAACAUGAAUAUA